GGCAUGCCACUGAUCCUGUAGCCUCGUCUUAGGCGGACAAUCGGAGCAUUAAGCACGCUGAUUGCAUUCUUCUACGGUACUAGUACUACAUAGACGAGCGAGGAUCGACCUAUACGGGCCAUGCUGUCUGUAUGUCUGUCCAUCCUUUGUCUGCUUUCGUUCUGCUGUGCACGUCGCUGUGCUGGGCCACUCAACGUGGUCAAAGCGAGUAUGCUCCGCUUUGGCCUUGUGGCCGGACACGCCGUACGUAUAUGAACCGCACGUCUCGCGACUCUCAUCUCUACCCAUACCCUGUAACUCUGCUUCUAUCUGUGCGAACACCUCUUUCAACCGACCUCAACUAUGGGAGCGCAAAGUACGCAAACGACGAAACACCUGGACAAGAGCGGACAGGCAAGCUCGUCGACUACAGGGUACCCACGGUACAGAGGCCCGGCACAAGUCGCCUGCAUGCCGAUGCCACAAGGCACGUCAACCGCCAAUCCCCAGAUGCGUCAUCGGGAAGUCGAGAAACGGGGCGCGAAAGGAGAAACGACCAUGAAAAUGGAUCCGUACGCCUACGGAGAACAGACACGCUACCUUGCUGUCCGGGAUGCACUCGCGCUCAUAAAGUCGGAUUCGGAUCCAGUGUCGAUGUACGAGGUCCAGAUGGAGAGGAGGAAGCUGGAGCGGGAGGUAAGGGCAGAAAGAGAUCUGGACGCAGAUCGACUUUAGCCAGUGCCCCGCUGCUGACCGCCGUGACCGGUGGCAGUCUCGUUCAGUAGCACUGGGUCAAGGACCUGCUGCUUCUGUGAUGGUCUAUGCAUUAUGAAUAUCUGUAUGAUUAUGUCACAAUUUUCACCGCUCGAAAGCUUUGGAAAACCUGGGAGUGCGAGCGAGAGAACAUGCUGCUGUGAAACUGGGUAAUCAAUAUCACAGCGGGAGAGCUAUCCCAAUUCUCUUGCUCGCCACACCACCUGUAGUGGGAAAGCUUCUCUGUGUGCAACGCUGCAUCCGGUGUAACACCGUAUUGUGGUCUGUGACCACCUCAGAGGAUACAAUACACGCUGACGACGCGCCUUGAUCCCGUGAUAGACAUCCUCACCAAAAGUGCCGCGCACUGUGGCUCCAGGCUCGGGCGUUCAAACGUUCACCGG